AUUGAAUCUUGAUAGGUCCGUUUAAAACUGACCGCGGCGUGUUAUUGUUUUAAGUUAGCGAGAAGACACGGAAUAACUCUCCCUAAAGGAACCUAAUGUCUUAAAUACCACAGCCAGAAGGAUGGAAUCAUGCCAGAAUAAUGAGGCUGACAGAUGGGACCAGGUGAUAGUGGACAACUUGCAGAGAGAUCUCUCAUCAGAGCUUAGCCUAUUACGUGCCCCACAGCUUUCCAGCAUCGAGAAGCGGGAACACCUUAAGGUCUACCUCCGCAUCCGACCCUUCAGCUCAGCAGAGAGCCACAGUGGAGAGUCUCAGGACUGUGUGACUAUCGAGCGCCCGGACACCGCUUUACUGAAGCCUCCCAAUCUGUCCCUCGGUGCGAGGCUUAGCACGGACAAAUCUCUCCCACAGACCGGACAGCGCUUCCAGUUCACUCAGGUGUACGGUCCUGAAACGUCACAGAGAGAGCUCUUUCAGGGAACAGUAAAGGACUUGGUGAAAGACGUCCUGGAGGGCGGGAACUCUUUGGUCUUCACAUAUGGAGUGACCAAUACCGGGAAGACCUUCACAUUCUUAGGUCCAGAUGCUGAUGCUGGCAUCCUGCCCCGGACCCUGGAUGUUAUCUUCAGCAGUAUUGAUGAGCAGGUUUUCACCGGGACGAGCAUCAAACCUCAGCGCUGCAGUGAGGUCACCAGGCUGACCGCGGAGCAGCAGGCUGAGGAAGCUGCCUUCAAGAGGAACUUCCUCGGACAACUGAAAGAGAAUGAGAGGAGUAACGCCAGCCUGAUGAACUCCACCAAUAAGACUCUCUUUGAAGGCCCCUCCAUGCUGGACACUUCAGAGGAGAGGAUCAGCCUGGCGGUGGAGGACCACACCAAGUUCUCUGUUUGGGUUUCUUUCUGUGAAAUCUACAAUGAGAACAUUCACGACCUCCUGGAGGUGUCACCCAGCGGUGCCCUGAGGAGGACCGCACUGCGCCUGUCCCAGGACGUCAAGGGCAACUCCUUCGUCAAAGAUCUGCGCUGGGUUCAGGUGAACAGUGCUGAAGAGGCUUACAAGGUGAUGAAGAUGGGCAAGAAGCACCAGAGCUUCUCCUCCACCCGACUCAACCAGCUCUCCAGCAGGAGUCACAGUAUUUUCUCCAUUCGCAUUCUGAGGAUUGAAGACAUUGGGACCCAGAGGGUCCACGCAGUCAGCGAGUUGUGUCUGUGUGACCUGGCUGGAUCGGAGCGAUGCGCCAAGACUCAGAAUAAAGGAGAGCGCCUGAAAGAAGCCGGGAACAUCAACACCUCUCUGCUCAUCCUGGGAAAAUGCCUCAACGCACUGCGACACAACCAGAAGGCCAAGCUGCUGCAGCACGUCCCCUUCAGAGAGAGCAAGCUGACCCACUACCUGCAGAGCUUCUUCUGCGGUCGAGGGAAAGCCUGCAUGAUUGUCAACAUCAACCAAUGUGCCUCCAUGUACGACGAGACCCUCAACGUCCUCAAGUUCUCAGCUCUGGCUCAGAAGGUCGUCGUCCUGUCCACCCGUCCCCUUUCCAUCCUGCCCAAGAGGUCGGCCAGUGAGGUGUCUCUCCUCAUCAACAAUGCUGACAGGAAGACUCAGCACGGCAACAGGAGGAGCUCACUGAUUGGCUGGGACACUAGCCUUGAGGAUGUCCAGGAGGAUGAGGAUGACAAGGAUGAGGAAGAUCAGAGCCUGAUGGAGAGCACGAUGGAUCAGACGAGCAAUGAGGAUGAAAUGACGCAGCAGAGUCAGGUGAAGCAGCUGCAGGUCCAGCUGAAGAAGGAGCGGGCAGAGAACCUGCUGCUGGAGGCUCGGGUCAGAGACGAGAUCGGCAGCAAGUUCACAGAGCUCUUCACCAAGAUGCAGAACGACUACCAUGAGCGCCUGAUGAGGGAAACGGAGAUCCUGGAGGAGCGAGCAGAAACAAGGAUGCAGAUCUUCAAGAAUCUCAUCGACAAAAUGGCCACCACUGGACCCGGGCAGGAAGCACAAGCCAUGGAUGUGUUGGCUACCUGUGAGGAGGAGAGGAGAGGCUCGGAAGAAGCCCUCACUGCUCUGGAGGUCCAGACUACAGGGAAAGAGGAGGCACUGGCGUCCUUACAGAAAGAGAAAGGAUUCAACGAGAAAGGUCUAGAAGCUGAGCAGAGGGCCAAGGAUAAGGCCGCUGCACAGCUUUCAGAAGAGCAGAAACAAAGGAAUGAUGUCGUUGCUGCUCUUUGCAGAGAGACGCGAGGCAAAGAGGAGGCAGAGUCUCGACUUGAGGAGAAGAGGAAGGAGUUCAGCAUACUGAUGGAGGAGAGAGAAACACUUCAGCAGGAAGUCCGAGAGAUUACCGCCAGACUGGAGGCCAGCGAGCAACAGGUGACCAGCGAGACGGAGAGAGAUGAACAACUGCGAACUGCUCAGGCACAACUGGAGCAACACCAAAAGGAGCUACAGGAGAAAACAUCCCAGAUCCACACCCUAACACGGGAAGUUCACAGCCUGAAACGGGAAGCGCAGACUUCAGCGUCUUCUGAUGAUCAGCUGAGAGAGGAAGUGUCCGAGCUUAGGAAGAACCUGGCUGAGGAAAAGGACAAAAAUAAGAGACAAAUGCUGGAGCUGGAGGAAGAGCUAGGACAGGUACAAGAGAAUCAGAAUCAACAAGAAGCAGCUUUAAAACUGCAGAUUGAAGAGCUCAGAGAGAAGCUUCACGAGCAAGAAGAGAUGAAGCCACAGCAGCAGCCACCACAGGAAGGACGUGAUGCAGAAGAACAGCUGAGAGAAAAACUCAAGGAACAAACGCUGGCUUCGGAGGAGCUCACUGAGAAGCUGCGAGAACAGGAAGAAUCCCAAAAGCAGUUAGACGAGUUAAAACACAAACUGAGUGAGCAGGAAACGACCUUCUGCCAAACUGUAAACGACCUCAAGCUGAAGCUCAGUGAGCAGGAGCAAAGCACAGAGCUGCUCAAAGCACAGCUGGAAGAAGCUAAGGUAAAAGAAUCCAACAUCUCCUCUGCUGCUGAAGAGGAUCUCAAGAGGCUGAACUCUGAUCUGCAGACUGAGAUCGAAACCCUGAAGGCAAAGGUUUCCAGCGUAGAAGAAAGCCGCACUGAAUCCCAGCUGGUGGCCUCGUCAGAAAUGGAGACAAAGACGGAGGAGAAGCUAGCAGAGGUGGCUAAAGUGUCCGCAGAGAGAGAGGCCGAGCUUCAGAAACAGCUGGAGGUUAAAGAGGCAGAGAUAGCCUCCCUGCAGGAGCGUCGGGAGGAGGGGGAGAUCCAGGCGGUGCAGGAGGCCCGGCGGAGGGAGGUGGAGAGACGCAGGGAGCUGCUGGCCGUCGCUCAUGAAGCCAUCGCUCAGAAGGACGAGGAGCUGGAGAAGAGAGCGGAGGAGAUCAACAGACUAAAAGAAAGUGCCAAGCAGGACUCGGACAAAGUGAAGAGCCUGAGCCUCGACCUCCAGAGGAGAGAGGAGGACACGUCAGACCUCCGAGAGAAACUCGCCGACUACAAGAAGCAGAUCCAGCAGGUCCAGAAGGAGAUCUCGGCCAUGAGAGAAGAGGAGAAAGUUUCGAAGCAGAAGCUGACCGACAUGGAGAAAUCCAAGAAGCAGCUUCAGUCCGACGUCGCCAACAGAGACAGAACCAUUCAGCAACUCAAAGUGGAACAAUCAUCUGACUCCAAGUCUGACACGCUCUACCAGAAGGCCUGCAAAGACCUUGAAACAAAAGAGCGUGACGAGGACAUGCGUUUGGCUCUGACGGAGCAGGAGGAGACGCAGGAGCAGAUGGAGAUGGUGCUGGAGGAGAAACUCAACAUCAUCCAGGAGCUCUCCAGCAAAGUGGAGAAGCUGACAGGGUUGUUGUUGCAGCAGGAUGGCUGUGGAAUCAAUGCAAACAAUUCUACCACCGGCCAAUCAGAUGAUCUCACACAGGCCAAACAGGAAGCGGCCCAGGCUCAGGAACGCUUCAAGGUUUGUACGGAGAAACAUCAGGGCGAGCGCAAGAAGUGGCUGGAGGAGAAGCUGCUCCUGAUUGGCCAGGCUAAAGAGGCGGAGGAGAAGAGGAACCAGGAGAUGAGGAAGUUUGCUGAUGACAGAGAGCGUCACACCCGGCAGCAGAGCCAGCUGGAGUCCUUGUCCUCCCAGCUGGCGGAGAAGGAGCAGCUGAUGGAGAGGUGGAGGAAGGAGAGAGACACUCUGGUCUCGGCUCUGGAGGUCCAGCUACAGAAGCUGCUCUCCAGCCAAGCAGAGAAGGACAAACUCAUCCAGCAGCUGCAGCAGAAUAACACCCCCUCCCCACCACCACCAGAGGCUGCUGACGGAGACGGUGACGGUGAUGGAGGCGUGGCAGAGCUGCAGGCUGCUCCGUCUGAACGAGACGCUGAGAUCCUGCCACUGAAGGAAGAGCUCGAGGCUUCAAACACCAAACAGGAGGACACACAGACUAAAACCACUGGAAGUACAGAGAGCCCUGCAACACUGGUCGGGAAACCCCAGAGCGACGGCAUCAAGAGGAAGUCAGGAGGAAGGCGGGACACCAGAGUGUCCGUCAGCAGCCAGAGCUCCACUGGCUACCCUUCAGUGCUGGACACCUCGGAGAUUUCCACGGAGAACGGCAGGACGAGCCGCUUUCCCCGGCCGGAGAUAGAGAUCUCCUUCAGCUCUCUGCAGCCCAACCGUAUGGCCCUGCGGCGCCAGGGGGAGGAGAACACCGCCACCGUCAAAAUCCUCCGCUCGGCACGCAAGAGGAAGAGCGUGGAGAUGGAAAAGUCUCACAUCUUUAGGCGGAGUAAACGAGGAACAACACGCAAGGAAGAAGUGGAGGCGGAGAACAAGAGGAACACUCGGACCAAACUGACGCCGAAGCCGAAGCCGAAGCCGACCCCGCACAGAGAGGAGAGCUCCUCCUCCACAGCGUGUCACCAUGACUCCCAGAGCACCAUCCGCAGCAGAAAGGAAGGAACGCUGCAGAAGAUCGGAGACUUCCUGCAGAGCUCCCCCACGCUGCUCGGCACCAAAGCCAAGAAGAUGAUGAGUCUGGUGAGCGGUCGCUGUGAUGCAGACUCAGCAGCCUCCUCUUCAUCGCUCAGAGCCAAGAGGAAACAAAGGAAACUGUACACACCUGAGAUCUCCUCCCCUAUGGACAUGCCCUACCACCCAAUAAUCAGCAGAACGCCGGAGGAGAAAGAGAGCGACCAUCAGACCAUUAAGAGGUGUCUUCGCCAGCGGACCAGUAGAAAAUAAGCCUCCUUAUUCACCCACGCUCUGACGAGAGGAAGGAAGCAUUCAGCUAUUGCCUUAGUAAAUCUCAAAAGACAAUUACAUAGAGAGUCACGAUCUGGUCACAUGGCUAGGUUUUAGGAACAGUUCAGCCUUUUGUUUGUGAGAUUCUUCUGGGUUAUUCCUUUACGAUACUCAGUAAGUAGUAUAAAACACACUCAGCACUCCGAAGCUGUUUAAUCAUUCUGAACUUUGAUGUGCAAUAGUUUCCCUCGAAUGUCUUCUUUGGUGUUGGUCAUUUUCUUUUCAUUGUCCGUUUUCUUGUUGUUAGUUAUCUUCUAAAGAUUAUUUCUAAAAGAAUCAAAGCUGCUAUUAGAGCUGUUCUAUUUUUCCCAUUUAUUCCCAACGAUUCUGAAAGAAUUCUGACUUUUGUUUUAUGUUUUUGAAAAUCUCUAAAUUCUGAGACUUAAUUUAGAAUUAAUAAAAAUAAACCCCAAAAAAGAAUGAUGUUCUGAGGUUUUUCUAAAAGCCCUGGAAUCUUCUGAGUAAAAAUAAGUGCUUUAGGUUGGUCUCAUUACUUUGUUGAAUUUCACUUUUCUUUGCCUCAGAAUCAAAGUAUUUUUUCACAUUUGUGACUUUUUUUUUCUCCUUGGUUAUUUCUUGAACAAAUCUAAUCCCUAAUGUUCUUCCUUAUAUGUUAGAUAUUCAAAAGCUGUAUUAUUUGUAGUAUUUAGAGGUAAAACCACACUACUCACUAACCUCCAUCUGUAUACUUUGUCCCUUCGAACAAACCGCACCCUGAAGUAGUUCUGCGUUCACGCUGACAUCCCUGAUGUCAGUCUUCUGCACUUUUUCUUUAUCAUUACCUUUUUUUGUUAUCAUGUUGUUCUCUUUUUUUCAAAAGAUGUUUUCAAAGUCUUAUAAGUAAUUUAAUAAAAAAGUAAACUGCCUUGAAA